GCGAGCAGUGUCGGGGCAGCGGUGAGAUGCCGCCGAUGAGCAGCUUCUUGUCCGUGCUCCUCAUCUGCCUCCUCUCCGUCCUCCUCCUCCGCCUCUCCACCUUGCUCGACCCCGGCGCCGCCGUGCCCCGCAUCAAGCGGUCCGCUCCCUUGCCCCUCCGCUUCCGCCAUGACGGAGCGUUCAAGAUCCUCCAGGUGGCUGAUAUGCACUUCGGCAACGGCGCCGCCACGCGCUGCAGGGACGUGGCGCCGGAGGUCGGCGGCGCGCUCUGCUCCGACCUCAACACCACACGGUUCCUCCGGCGGCUCAUCGAGGCCGAGAGGCCCGACCUCAUAGCCUUCACCGGGGAUAACAUAUUUGGGGGCAGUGCGACUGAUGCAGCAGAAUCACUACUCAGAGCAAUUAGCCCUGCCAUGGAGUACAACGUACCAUGGGCUGCCAUUUUAGGAAACCAUGACCAGGAAUCCACAAUGACGCGAGAGGAACUGAUGACGUUCUUGUCUUUGAUGGAUUACUCAGUGUCUCAAGUAAACCCACCUGGUUUUCUGGUACAUGGGUUUGGCAAUUAUCAUGUUGGCAUACAUGGGACAUUUGGAUCAGAGUUCGUCAAUACUAGUCUGCUUAACCUUUACUUCCUUGAUAGUGGAGAUCGUGAAGUGGUCGACGGAAUUAAAACUUAUGGCUGGAUCAAAGAAUCUCAACUUGCUUGGCUCAGUGCUACUUCCCGAGAACUUCAGCAAAAUUUGCAUUCCCCUGCACUAGCAUUCUUCCACAUCCCAAUUCCAGAAGUCCGGGAACUUUGGUAUACAGAUUUUAAGGGUCAGUAUCAGGAGGGAGUGGCUUGCUCAUUAGUAAAUUCUGGUGCCCUUGGCACUCUCGUCUCCAUGGGAGAUGUAAAAGGCGUCUUUCUUGGCCAUGAUCAUCUUAAUGAUUUCUGUGGCGACCUUAAUGGGAUACAGUUCUGUUAUGGUGGUGGCUUUGGUUACCAUGCGUAUGGAAGAUCUGGUUGGCCCAGGAGAGCUCGCGUGAUUCAUACUCAGCUGAAGAAAGGGCAGAGAUCAUGGGCGGGGGUCGAGUCGAUACAGACCUGGAAGUUGCUAGACGACGAAAAGCUUUCCAAAAUUGAUGAGCAGGUUCUCUGGAGACACGACGACGACGAUUCUGACCACAGCCUCUACUUGUAAGAUCAAGAGGCUAAGGUCUAUCUGUAUGUUGUACAACACGAUUUAACCACGUACAGUACUUCAGUUUUGUAGGUUAGAUCAACUCUUGGCAAGCUGGUUUGCCAUGGACCAAAUCAGUCACCACGUGUUUAUGUUAUUGUUGUAUCUUGUUGAUGCGCAACUUCCUUGCUUGGGUUAUUGUAACCAGUUCUGAAUAUGCUGUGAAGAGACAAUUUGUUCCCUUGUGGCAGUUA